AUGGACACUCGUGAGACGACAAAAUCCGACUCUGCGCAUUUGGAAAAUGUGGCAAACCUGCCAGACAAGUUGACAGUGUGUGUUUCAUCGCCGUGGAAAUGUAUAGCUGAGAAUCCCGUGGUGAUUCUGUUCUGUCUCUAUGGCAAUCUUGGCGCGUUGAUGUAUGGGUUCGAUAACCUGGUGUUGUCGCUGGCACUCUCCAUGCCUGGAUUUGAGAUUCAAUUUGGCGAGCUUAGCAAUGGAUCCUAUGUUAUUCCAGCGUAUUGGCAAUCUCUGUGGAGUGCCAUGUCCCAGGUUGCCACCAUGUUGGGAGCUACCACCGCUGGACCGGUGCAGGAUCGUUUCGGUCGUCGUGCUUCUUUCCUGCUAGGUGCGAUAUUCUCCGUUGCAGGUGUAGCCGUCGUGUAUACAGCAUCAACUCCGGGAGUUUUCCUCGCGGGAAAGAUUGUCAAUGGCCUGUCUCUGGGUAUCUGCUUGACGAGUGGACAGACGUACAUUUCCGAAGUGUCUCCAAUGCAGAUUCGUGGCAUUGCCCUGUCUGCCUUUACUUUCUGCAUGAACCUUGGAUACAUGAUUGCUGCUUCCGUUGCGCUACCCCGUAUGUCGAUGGUAACACCGGCUGCAUACAAGGUGCUAUUUGCCGCCGCUUGGGUCUGGCCAGGCGUCAUCAUUCUCUUGCUUCCUUUCAUUCCCGAGUCUCCCUACUUCCUCGUCAUGAGAGAUGAACUUGACAAAGCUCAAAAAUCCCUCGCACGACUUGGAAACAAUCCUUCGCAGGUCACGCCCCUCCUAGAUCAAAUCGUCCGAGUCAACGAAGAGGAAAAGGCCCGAAGUGCUGCCGCCGAGGGAGCCAGUUUCCUCGAAUGCUUCCGCGGUAUUAACUGGCGUCGUACCCGAAUUAUCCUUAUUUGCAACGGUCUCUCGCAGGUCGUCGGUGCUAGUUUCAUGUCCAACGGUCCUUAUUUCCUUGUCUCGGCAGGUAUGUCCUCGGCUAAGAUUGGUAUGAUGACUGAGAUUGGUAUUGGCUUUGGUCUUGCCAGUUCCAUUUUGACUGCCUAUCUCAUGGCGAAAUGUGGACGUCGAAGACUAAUCAUGUUCGGUCUGUCUCUUUCGACCGUGUUUUACACUGUGAUGGGAAUUGCCGGAUGCUUCCCAAAUUCAACCACCGCGUUAUGGGUUAUCGGUGUCUUCCUCGAACUGACCUGGUGGGUCUACGGUCCAGCCAUCGGCCCAGCCAUGUCGAUAGCCGGAGAAGUCUCCGCAGUGCGUCUCCGCGCAAAGUCCAUGGCUGUAGGAUUCACAUUCAACUACUUUUUCUCUACCGUCUGGAACGUGGUUAUGCCGUACUUGUACAACCCAGAUGAGGCCCAUCUAGGCGGCAAGAUCGGAUGGAUCUUCUCUUUCUUGGGUCUUGUUACCCUGGCUAUCAUCCACUUUGAGGUACCGGAGACCAAGGGACGGUCCUUUGAAGAUUUGGAUGAGAUGUUCAAUGAGAAGGUCAGCACUCGGGGAUUCCGUACAUACCAGUGCUGUCUGCCCCAAGAGCUGCGGAAGCUUGAUGAUGAGUAG